AAAUAUUUUAUUUUACUAAUUACAUACAAACUUUUCUGUUUUUAUUAUAAUAAAAUCUCGUUAAAUUUAUAUUAAAAAAUAUAUAUUGUUUCGAUAAUAUUUAAUAUAUCAUACGCAUAUUAAGAAACUUACUCCUGUUGCACGUAGAUGCAUUAAAACUUCUCGUGCACGAAAAUUCAAUGAGCGAGUGCAUCAAGUGGAAAUUUAUAUUAAGUCAAUGCAAAAAUGCUUAUGGUUGUUAAUUAACUUUUCUCAGUUUUUUUAUAUAUUAAAUAUUAUAAUAAAAGAAGUAAAAAUAAAAUACAUACAAAUAUUAAUAAUUUUUUCAUCAAAUAAUUAGUUAUAAAAUAUCAAGAUAUUAAUUAUUGUUAAUAGAUGCUGUUAAACAAUUUUUUAUCUACGACAUAACGCACAUGUCAAAUUUAACGAUAUUAUAAAUUCACUUGUACACUCGUUCCACGAACGUUCCACGAGUCUGCCGGUACAAUCACGCGCGAAAGCGCGAUUGUAGAGAGAAGUUUAAUAUCUGCUAAACAAAUUUAUUCGAAAAAGCGCAAAUAUCCUUGAACUCGAACGGGAUCCUUUUCAGCUCUUCAACGCGUUAUGCGAAUCACGGGAAUUUUCUGGAUCGUACAAAUGAUUGCCGUACUGAUUUUACACAACAACGGCUGAUUCGCCGUGUCCCGCAGCCCGAAAUCCCGAAAUCUUUUUAUACCGCUAGAUUUAUUCCGUCGCUCGUAAGAUUUUUCGAUUAUGCUAGCACGUAAUAAUUUAUUCAUGCGGCUUUUCGUACCGUCGAGACACAGUGAUCGCCUGGAGAAGUUAAAAUGUCAUAUCAAGUAUUCGCGUAAUUAAGUAUUUGUGAGAAACCUAGAUAGUACGAUUGUUGUUAUUUAUUAUCGUAAGUAAUUUUAUGAAUUAUAAAAAUUGAAAUUAAUUCUUUUUUUAGUUUUUAUUGCACUUAUUAUAAGGCUAAUCGAAGAAAGAAUGUUCCAAAGAAAAUGAUAUAUUUUAAUUUUUAAACAUUUAAUUUGCUCGUCAUUUUAAACAAUAAAAUCAAAUAUUAAUGAGUAAUUUCUUUAAAAUAUUUAUUUCUUGUGUAUUAUGAAAUAUAUUUGCACAAAUAUUGGAGAUUUAUUUUAAAUAAUCUUAUACAAUAUAUAAUUAAAUUUGUUUACAACAGGUUUCUCUAUUAACUGCUUUGAAACAAAUCGAGAAAAAAUUACUAGAAAAAGAUUUAAUUCGUAUACGUGUGUGUUAGCUAAACAUUGUUUCUUUUAGCUUUGCUUAUUUUGGAGAAUACUGCAUUAUUUAAGCAACAAGAAAGAUAUUCUGAUAUAUUUUUCUAACAAAAUUUUUAAAUACUAAAAUUUUUUUAAUUUUUUUUUAAUCUAUCAAUUAUAACGAGAUUGUAUUAUUAGGAGAUUUUUACAUAAUUUUAAUAAUUAAAGAUUAUUUUAACAUUAAAUGUGGCUGUCCAAAAAUCUAUAAUUUUCAAAUUAGCCUAUAAAUCUCAUAUACAGUUCUCAAAUAACCAUAUUUAAUAUUAAACCAUAUUAAAUAUAAUGUUAAUUAUGGAAUGUUAUCGAAUUCUUCCUUGUUGAGCAAGUAUUUGACAAUUAAUUAUUAUAUAGAAUUUUUUACACGAUAAUAAUAAUGACAAUUGUUAUAAAUUGACAUACUUUAAGUAUGUCUACUUUUGUAAAAGUAUGAAAAAUAUGAUAGAAAUUUUUGUAUUGUGUUAUUGACAUAACGCGGUACUUUGUCUCUGCGGCAACUCAAUAUGAGAAGCAUCCUCUAUCUAUAGAUUUAUAUCCUGUUCUCUAGAUUUUUAUGGAAUUGUGAAUCAUGCAUUGUGAUAUUACUAUAUAGCCUAUCUUGUAUAUUGUUAUUGCUACGUUACAAUUACUAUACGUAACACGACUUUCCAUUUUUACUUCAACAUUUCUAUAUUUAUCUUCAUCUCUUCAUAUGAAAAAUAUUGUAAUAAAAUAUCACGAAGUCUAAUUUGUCUACAAAUUUUUUUCCACCAGAAGCAAGAAAUAUCGAACUAUAAUAGCUUUCUCUAUAUUACAAACUUCUUAUUAAACAGUUUGCGUUCCUAAAAAUAAGAUUAAAAUAUUUUCAAACAUAUUUAUUAUAUUGUUUUAAGAUAAUAAAAAACCUAACUUUAAUUUUAAAUUAAAUAAAUUUUAUUUGUAGUAUUUUUUUACUUGCGUUUUUAUAGCAUUUCUAUAGCAUUAUUUUAAAUUAAAAAAUCUUUCAAAUUAAAAAGAUAUAACACUUUAGUCAUUUUAAUUGUUAUACAAUUAUUAUAGCAAGAGAAUUAUCAUAACAAUUACCUUAUAAUUAUGAGAGUAUAAAUAUAAAGAAUGUGUGAAAUCAUUUAACUAUUAUAUUUAAAAAAUAUUACUCUGUAUGUACACGGACAAAAAUUUAUAGGAAAAAUUAUUAUGGUAAAUAGUAAGCGCAGACCAAAGAAGGAAUUAUGAAAACUUUUACUAUGUUUUUCAACAAAUUAUAUAGUAUUUACACUACUUAUGAUAUAAUGCUUUAAAAUUUUUUUUCAUGGUCCGUACACUGAACUAUCGUAUAUAGUAAUUUUUUAUAUGAAAUUUUUUCCGUGUAUAUACAUACAUAUGUUCCGAUUUCCGAUUCGAUAUGCAAAUGUGCAUGUUAUUCUGCAUUAGAAAUCAACAAACUGCGGUGUUCAGAUCAAACUUCCUCAAUGUAGUUCGGUUGAGUAUGAGCAACAGGAUUGAAUACUUGGUGAAGUAUUCAGUUGCACCUCCGCCCAGCAGAGACUAUUACGGUUUGAAAGUUUUUCAGGACGAGGUAAUUCUGUAUCUAUGGAAAAUUUCUCACGGGCCUCAUAAAGCACCGAUUGUAUAUCACGCUAAACUUAUUGAAUUCGAUCAAGAAAAAUCCUUGCAGGACGAAAUACGUCGCGGAUUUGGUAAAUAUUUAUUACAAUACGUGAACAAUAUUGCUGAAGGGCAUAGAAAUACUCUUUUAACUUUACCAAAAUCAAUAAUCGGAAAAAUAUCAAGAUAUUUAAAGUUUACAGACAUAAUUAAAUUAUCUUCAUUAUCACAUAUCGCAUAUGAGAUAUUCAAUACUGAUUUAGUUUGGCAGAUACUUUAUACGAGAGAUAAAAAAGCCAAUAUCAGCCUAGAAGAAAAAGACGGAAUUAUAGUUUAUGGUUGGAAGCAAUUGUAUAAAGCCAAACAAAUGCAGACAAUAAUUAAAGAGCAAAAGAAAUUUCAAGCUCCAAAUUUAUCAGUUACAAAUAAUGCAAAAACUAACAAGCUAUUAAUAAAACCUAUUAAUGAUCCACCAAAAUCUGUCUCUAAUAAAACUUCAACUAUUAACACGACAAAGAAAAAUUUUGAAUCUUCGAUGACUACAAUCCCACUUUCCAAAACGAUAUCCGACACUCGAUUUCGCACAUAUACAAAGAACGUGAAGCCACUUCUACAAAAGGAGGACACAAAAAAUACCAGUUCUUCAUUCAACGUGAAUGAGACAAACGUCAGAAAGGAUACCAUUAAAUCAAAGAUGAAAACUGGAAAACAAGAAAUUGGAAGUGUUUCUAAAUGUAACAAAAUAUUUGGCAAACAAAUAAAUCAAACAACAAAGUCAGAAAAGUUUUCAAAUAAAAUUAACAUUAGCAACACAAAUUUGAAUAAAAUUGACAAUAUUAAUACAAAAUUAACAUCAACACAAGAAAGUAAAUUAAAAUCUAAAACGCAAACUGCUUCUAAAACGUCAAAUUUCAAAAAUACUCUAAAAAAUAUCAAAGCAUCUUCAGUUUUAACACAAAAUUUACAUAGCAAAACUCAAUUAAGGGAUAAAUCUAAAAAAAAGGAAAUUGCGACCAAGUCUCAAAUACUUAAUACUGAUAAAGUAUUAUCCGAAGACCCUUUUAUAGUCGGAGAUGACAGAAUCGACCUAGCUGAUCUAAUCGAAGCAAGUUUGACGAAUAUUCGAAGUCCGCGAAGCAUAUUUGAUUAUGAUUUUAGUUGCGUACAAAAAUCGAACAAACCAAAAGAUAUUAUGGAUAUUAGAAACGAAAUUCAGAAUAAGUUGAAAGAAUUAAAAUCUACUGAAAGCAAUGCCAUCACAAAUAACUUUUCCAACAAAAUAAUUCAGAAUGAAAGAACUCUAGAGAAGGUUUCAAAGGAAUUUGAACCGUUUAGUGAAGCAUCCAAUGAAUAUCUCGUAAACGAUAAAAGUGUUUUAUCAAAAGGAAACAAUAAAUCUUUUUCAUUGUCUGAGAAGUAUAUGAAAGCUCGAGAAGAACUUCUAAAAUGUUUAGAUUUGAAACAAAACGAUCCAGAAUUUUCUCAAUGGGAUCCAGAUAUAAGUUUUUAAAACGAAUCUUUUAUAAGUUCGAGAACAAUUUAUAACAAUAAUAAGAAAUCCUUUAUUCCUGCAAGAUUAUUAGAAACUUUCUUUGAAAAAACAUAUUUUGUGUUGAAUGACUUAGAAAGUAAAAAGAAACAAAAUUCUAAAGAUGUUCAAAGAAAUUAAAUAAAAUUUACA